CCAGCUCAGAACUAGUCUUGUAAGCGAUGAAUCCUCAUAUCCAAUCAUCAGUUAAGUAUUACUUUAGAAAAGCACUGCCCUGUUUUUGUAACUGUAAUGUAAAAUCUGCUUCCAAUAUAGAUUACUCUUCUACAUGCUCUAUGUUGAAGUCUGAUGAACCAGAAACACCUAGCGGUUAUUAUAUGAUUCAACCAAAGGAAAACGAAGCUCCAUUUACAGUGUUCUGCGACAUGACUGACAAAAAUGGAACUGGUGUGACGGUAGUUAGUCAUGACAGUGAAGAAAGCACACACGUGAAUGGCUACGAAGACAAAGGCAAGUACAAAAAAUCUAUCACAUAUAACAGCUUGACCAUGGAGCAAAUCGUAAACGUUAUCAACGCGUCCGGUUAUUGUGAACAGUUCAUCAAAUGGUAUUGUAAAAAUGCCGGGUUGUACCUUCAAUCUUCCGCAGGCCCGGAUUCAUGGUGGGUAUCUCGUCAAGGUUAUAAGAUGAUAUACUGGGGUGGGGCGACCCAAGGUAGUAAAAAAUGCGCUUGUGGAAUGACUGACAGCUGUUUGGACAAAGCAAGACCAUGCAAUUGUGACGGUGGGUCGAGUCAAUGGGUUGAAGAUAGCGGAUUUCUGGUGGACAAGGAAUACCUGCCUGUUAGUGAAUUGAGGUUUGGUGAUACAGGGCACUAUACUGAAGAAGGUUAUCACACGCUUGGCAAACUGUUAUGUUGGGACUGAACUCAUGGUUUAUACUAUUAUCAUAACUUUGCGUUGAAAUUAAACGGCGAAUUAUCUAAAAUUGUUUAGACACAAUGUUUACUGUAUAUUUACCUACAUAUGCUAGAGCGCUACGAGGGGAUGUUAUGGAUUGUUCCAUUCAUUGCGAGUACUAGUGGUUAGAUUUAUUCGCUAAGAAGUUCCUAUAUAACUUUUUAAUGAUGUAAGUUAUUAGGACAUACUCUGUAGCAUUAGUUUCUGGGACGGAUUUCUGUGCCAGUGUAGGCAGUGCCAAUAGUAACAAGCUUUCGUUGGUAGGAUGCAACUUCAUGAAAAAUACAACGCGAAUCUCGACGUUUAGAGCGAAGGCCUUCGUCAGGAAGUUACUCCGAUACUAACUUCUCGAAACGUCAAAUUUCGCGUUGUAUUGUUCAGGUAGUUGCAUCCAUACAAUGGACGAAAGCUAGUUUCAGUUUCUCGAUUAUAAUUGUUUGUAUUUGUAAGAAGCUUUUACUUUGGAUUCCUAUUUAUCUGUACGUACCGUUUGUUUUAAUUGAAGAGUUUUGAACUUCCAAACCAUUGAAAGAACUGUUGUUUAUCCAGUAAUGAAAGGAACUGAGGUUGGCUUGAGUUUUCGUAAUUUAAAUUUCGUGGCUAACGCGAGUCGAGCUGAGGUUACCUCUUCAUCUUUGCCAUUUAUAGAUUUGACACGCGUACUAUUAUAACAAUUUGCUGCAAUGCCUGCAUGCCUGGGGAGGGGGGGUGGGGGCUGGAGGGAGGAGCCAAACAUUUACGAAGUCGGUACUGAAAGUAUAAUGAUAACGAGCGUAUCGCGAAACUCCCAGAAUGCUUCAGUUUAAUGACCGUCUGCUGUAGAACAAGCUUUCAGUGAAAAACCAAG